GGCGUGAGCUGUGACAGUCGACAGAGCAGCGGUGGAGUCAGUGGGGGGAGCUGGAGGUUCGCAGUUGGUGCGCGAGCGAGACAGCGAGUCGCGGCGAUGGCGGAGGCGGGAAAGCCGAGGGUGGUGGUGGUCGGCGGCGGCAUCGGCGGCGCCCUCCUCGCCAAGACCAUGGAGCCCGACGCCGACGUCGUCCUCCUCGACCCGAAGGACUACUUGGAGAUCACCUGGGCUGAAUUGAGAUCAACGGUUGAACCAUCUUUUGCUGAGAGAUCAUUAAUAUAUCACAGAGAUUACCUCACCACUGCUACUAUUGUAACAUCUUCUGCAGUCAGUAUCACUGAGCAUGCUGUUCUGACUGCUGAUGGUCAAUCACUUGCAUAUGAUUAUCUCGUUGUAGCUACUGGCCAUGUUUUUGCUUCUGCUGGAAGCAGAACAGAGAGGCUUACGGAAUUCCAGAGAGAUAACGAGAAGAUAAAAUCUUCUGAGUCUGUGUUGAUAAUUGGAGGUGGUCCAACUGGUGUUGAACUUGCUGCGGAGAUCGCAGUAGACUAUCCAGAGAAGAAGGUGACACUUGUUCACAGAGGAUCACGAUUACUUGAUUUCAUUGAUCAAAAGGCUUCGAAGAAGUGCCUUGAUUGGCUGACUUCCAAGAAAGUGGAUGUGCUUUUCCAGCAAUCAGUUGACCUAAAAUCAUUAUCAGACACAGAGAAGUUCUACAAAACAUCAGCUGGAGAAACAAUUACAGCUGAUUGCCACUUUGUGUGUAUCGGUAAGCCACUGAGUUCAUCGUGGCUACAUGAUACCAUCCUGAAGGAAUCUUUGGACACCAAAGGAAGAAUAAUGGUGGAAAAGGACCUGAGAGUGAAGGGUUACAAUAACAUUUUUGCAAUUGGUGACAUCACUGAUAUUCCUGAAAUCAAACAAGGGUACCUCGCCCAGAAGCACGCGCUGCUGGUAGCCAAGAACCUGAAGCUGCUGAUCAAGGGGGCGCCUCCGAGCAAGCUCGCCACCUACAGCACCGGCUUCCCGCUGGCGAUCGUCUCCCUCGGAAGGAAGGAAGGGCUGGCUCAGCUACCGUACCUGACGCUCACCGGGUGCAUACCAGGGAUGCUCAAAUCCAAGGACCUGUUUGUCGGCAAGACGAGGAAGCAGAUGGGCCUAAAUGCUUGAGCCGAUCUCGAGACAGAACAAAUAAACAUGUGGCUGCACAUAUGUGUUGUAUUGUCUUGUCUUGUGUUUUGUAUGUGCGAGUAAAUGUUGGUGAUGUGCUGCGAAUGGUGAUGAACAUUUUAACAAAAGUGUAAAUGUACAUGUACGGAAAGGCCUGUUUGGCCUGUGUUC